GUCAAUCAAACAAAUGGUGUGAUUGUAGCCCUUAUUCUUUUCUAUCUUUCUCUAUCUACAUAUUUAUAACAUCACCUACGUGAAACUUUCUACAUAUUAAUCGUAAUGCACGUAAUAACUAUUUAAUAAAAUAACAAUCGAUCGCGUCAUCGAACAAUAUUGUACACAAAUGCACUAAUCAUGUUUUCGCGUAAUAUUUAUUAUUAGACGUCUCUGCCAAAAGUAGUCGCAAUUUCUCAAUAACCUGCUUAAUCAUGAAUUUCGACGAUAGCGCGAGUAGUGGCUAUGCCACGGCGGAAACCGUAUACGGAACUCACGAAGAUAGCCAUGUAGUGAUGUCGGAGAAGGUUCAAUCUCUCGCAGGAAGUAUUUACCAAGAGUUUGAGAAAAUGAUAGCACGGUACGACGAGGAUGUCGUUAAAACUUUGAUGCCUUUACUCGUGAACGUAUUAGAGUGCUUGGACUCUGCAUACCAAACCAACCAGGAACACGAAGUUGAGCUGGAACUGCUGCGGGAAGACAACGAACAAUUGGUCACUCAGUACGAGCGCGAGAAGUCCGCGAGGAAACACUCUGAGCAAAAGUUGCUUGAGGCUGAAGAUCAUUAUGAGGGUGAAAGAAAAGAUCUGACAGGAAGGUUAGAGGCUCUGGACAGUAUUGUACGUAUGCUGGAACUGAAGCACAAGAAUUCCUUGGACCAUGCUAGUAGACUUGAGGAGAGGGAGAAUGAACUUAAAAAGGAAUAUGCAAAACUCCAUGAGAGAUACACAGAGUUAUUUAAAACUCAUAUGGACUAUAUGGAACGUACAAAGUUGCUGCUGAGUACAGCCAGUGAUCGCAGCGAGGUACGAGGCAGACUUGGCCUCAAUCCUGUUGGGCGAUCCACUGGUCCCAUAUCUUUUGGGUUUGCAUCUCUGGAGGGCUCAGUGCAUGCAGUGGAGCAGACUGAAAGCAUCCCCGGUAGUCCAGUCAGCCUCUCAUCCUCUCCACCUUCACCCCCUAUUGGAGCAGAAUUAGCAGCCGUGAGGACUGUGGAACGCGCGCAUCAAACUGAUCCCAUCAGACAGCAAAGUCAAGCUACGUCGCCAGUGGCGCCACCUACUGGCGGGAGUCGCUCGCAGACCAAAAGCGAGAAGCGUAGUGCGAACACGCUGUAUCAAGAGCUCGCCUUCCAUGAUACCGACGUCACUAUCGCGGAGGGUGAUGAGGGCGCGGAUAUAACUGGGAGCUGGGUUCACCCCGGAGAGUACGCGUCGUCGGUUAACGAUAACUACUUUGGCAUGGGGAAGGAAGUGGAGAAUCUCAUCUUGGAGAACAAUGAAUUAUUAGCAACUAAGAACGCGCUGAACGUGGUGAAGGACGACUUGAUAGUGAAGGUGGAUGAGCUGACCGGUGAGCAGGAGAUCCUGCGCGAGGAGGUGUCUGCACUGAGUGCGGCGCGCGAGAGGCUUCGUGAGCGAGUGUCCCAGCUGGAGGAGGAAUUACGUCACCUGCGAGAAGCUGUCGGUGCCGGUGGAGGCGCAGCUGGAGCGGGUGGUGGAGCGGGAGGAGGAGCGCAUGAAGACGACGAGGCUGAUGUGCCGAUGGCUCAGCGAAGGAAGUUCACGAGGGUGGAAAUGGCGCGCGUGCUUAUGGAGAGGAACCAGUACAAGGAAAGAUUCAUGGAGCUGCAGGACGCCGUGCGUUGGACGGAGAUGGUGCGUGCGAGCCGCGUCGACUCAACCAUGGAUAAGAAAAAUAAGCAAGGGAUAUGGAAGUUUUUUAGUAAACUAUUUAGUACGUCGGAGCGACCUCAGCGUCCGCUAUCGACGCCGCAGUUGCGUGCGGUCGCAGCGCCUCAGCCCCCUCUGCGACACUCGCGCACGCAGGCUGACUUUCUCGAGACGCAGCUCUCCGACCACCACCACCGCCGGCAUGAUCAUGCACGCUGCGACCAGUUCCGACAGGUGCGGGCGCACGUGCGCAAGGAGGACGGGCGCACGCAGGCAUACGGUUGGAGCCUUCCGUGCAAGAGCGGACAAGCGCAACGCGGCGCGCUUUCCUUAUCAUCAGGUGGAGUACCCGUGCCUGUGCCCGUGUUCUGCAGGCCGAUAGCGGAGUCAGAGCCACAAAUGACGCUGCUGUGUGCAGCCGGUGUGGACCGAGGCGGUGGUCGCACGCCGGACGGCGGUUGCAUGGUGGGCGACAGUGUCUUCUACGAUGGCAGAGAUAAGAAACACGACGCCAUGUGCUUAGCAUACGAAAUGAGCAAAGCUCAGGGCUCGAACUCGCCCGAGGUGGAGCAGGGAGACGAGCAGCUACCGAGCUCGCCCGAAGCGCCAGUCGAAAACACGCUCUCUUCUCUCGUCUGGAUCUGCGCCAACACCCAGAACAAAGGCAUCGUUAUGAUAAUCGACGCGAACAACCCGGCGGAUGUGAUCGAGUCAUUCCCUGUGAGCGACAAGCAUAUUCUAUGCGUGGCGUCCGUACCCGGAGCGCUUGACGACGACUACCGUGAGCUGCGCGAGCGCGACGCCCCGCCUGCGUCGCCCGCGCACGCGCAAGCGCACAACGACGCCGAGACCAAGCGACACUCGCAAUCUUUGUUCUGCGUGGGCAAGAGCGACUCAACUGACAGCCAGAGCAACGGAACCGUAACGAAUAACAGCAACGGAACAGGCGAAAACGGGGAAAAGGAAGUGGUCGUCGGCAGUACGAAACUGGUUCAAGCAACGCUGCUGACCCCGCCCAGUACGCCUGCUACAGAGUCGCCACCACAGCAGCCACCACCGACUGCAGCGAGAGGGAACAGCGAUGCGGCCAAAGAGCCGAGUGUGAACUCUGAACCGGAAACUGAGAGCGGUAAUGCUGACAGUCCGCCAUUGUCCUCCACACCCAUUAAUGCGAUAACGGAAGCUCGUAACUCACCGGAGCCCGGCGUAGACGCGUUCGCGCAGGAGCAAUCGGAGGCGCUGACGGAAGAGGGCAAGCAGGCGGAGGAGACGAUGCGAGAUCGCAAGAUGUCCACCGUUAUGGCAACCAUGUGGCUUGGAACUAAAAGUGGGGAGCUCUAUGUACACUCUGCUAUUGGCAACUACAGCAAAUGCUUGGCGAGGGUUAAUCUGAACGAUGCGAUUUUAUCCAUCGUGUGGUGUGCAUCGCGAUGCGUUGUUGCUCUCGCAGAUGGUACCAUUGCCAUCUUUGCUCGCCUCCCAGACGGACAAUGGGACUUUUCUCAAUACUGGCUCAUGACGCUCGGCGACCCUAAGUGUUCAGUUCGUUGCCUGAGCGCCGUGGGUAGUGCCGUGUGGUGCGGGUAUCGUAAUCGAGUGCUGGUCGUGGAGCCGCGCUCGAGACGCCUUCUGCACUCGCUCGAGGCGCAUCCAAGACACGAGAGCCAAGUGCGGCAAAUGGCAGCUCACAGAGAUGGCGUUUGGGUUUCAAUAAAAAUGGACUCGGCGUUGCGGCUGUACCACGCGCACACGUACGCCCACUUGAAGGAUGUGGAUAUUGAACCAUACGUGAGCAAGAUGCUGGGCACGGGCAAGUUGGGCUUCUCAUUGGUGCGCAUCACGGCGUUGCUCAUCAGCUCAGGUCGUUUGUGGAUCGGUACCAGCAACGGCGUGGUCAUCUCGGUACCACUUUCUGAGGGUACGCCUGCUGCUGGUGCUGCUUCGGCCGCCAAUUGCCUCGUGCCAACCUCCCUUGUCACCGCUUCCGGUUCGGUUGCGACUACGAGGUCACCUAUACCUGGUCAUGCCGCGUUGGUGCGUGCGGGAUCUGUUGCGCCCGGUGACUGUAUUCCGCAUUGUUCAAUGGCGCACGCGCAGCUCAGUUUUCACGGCCACCGUGAGGCUGUUACGUUCUUCGUAGCUGUUCCGGGAGCCGCUCAACAGAACUCACCAGACUCGCCGCCGCCCCCAGCUCCACAGCCAUCUACCUCGCCCACGCAACGGCACUCCGCCACCGCCGCCACAUUGGUUAACUCCGCCGCGCCUCCCAUGCUCGUCAUAUCCGGCGGAGAAGGAUACAUCGACUUCAGAAUAGCUGACUCGGAGAUGGAGGAGAGCGUCGUCGUGGCCGAGGACGGGUCCUCGAGCGGGCAUAGCUCCCUAGCGGAACGCGCGACUCGCAGCCACCUCAUCGUGUGGCAGGUGGCCGCCGCCUAGCGCAGCGCGCCGCGCGUACUCGCCCGCCCCCGCCCGCGCCCGCCCUCCGACUGCGACUACGUCUACGUGUGCACCUCCGACAAACCCGCCGACACCUUCCAAUCCUACGAGUAGAUGUCGUGUCGUCAACGAACACGGAGCGCAGUUAUGAGUCGUUCGUGAAUUAGAAUCGUUUUAUUUUUAAAUCGAUCCAUAAUCCAUUCGGCACCGACCGCGGCCCGCGUGCACAUAUCAGGGCGAACCGCUACGCGCGGCUACAGACAUUGAUGUUAUAAUUGUGUAUCGAGCGCUACGUGCUUCUCGCCUCGCCCCGGCCGCUUCAUUCCUAUUGUAUAUCGUAUUGAGUUGUAUUCUAUUGUAAUAAAUCGCUCAUCUCGUCGACGUAUCGCAACAUCUUGUCGCUGCUGUAACAUUAACAUUAAACUAAAUCUCAUGUAGUCGUAAGUUACGAGAUAUAACCACCAAAAAUUCUUUAUAGAAUCUUUAUUAGUGAGUAGUUAGCGGUUUAGGAUAAUAGUUGAGGUGUUGUGUGACGAUAGAUAGUCUAUAUGAAAUAUCUCUUAAUGUAGAACAAUUUAUUUUCGACUGAUAACUAUUACGGGCUGUGGUUGUCAUCUCCAUCACAAGUUUAGGGUUAAGAUGAGUGAAGUAUUUAAUUUUAGUGUAGUGUGAUUUAGUUCGCUAUCAGACGCGACCCAGUAUCGCUGCUGGAGCCAGUGUAGUGAUUAACUUUACCUUCUAACUAAUUAUUAAUUAUUAUUUUGAGGAACGUUGACUAGUUUCGUUGCAUGGUUGCAAUUAUAUGUCCGUAUUCUAGUUGCUCUUGUUCGCCCGUUCACAUUUGACCGCAUAACACGACAUACACAAGAAUAACAAUCCAUCCGAACCCUGCUGGAAUACCGACAAUAUAGUUGUCGCUAAAAAUACUGGUUUUAUUUCUCAAAAGAUUCAUGGUGCAAAUUUAUUUAUAGCAUAAGUUAUAUAAGGUACCUUUGUUAUGUGAAUAAUCAAAUAAGUUUUUUUUUUAUACGUUUUGUGUUCUUCGAUUGUAAUGUGAUUUUUAUUUACUCAUUUACACAAAAUGAAAUUAUUAAAGAUUAGGUCACGUGCUAUUUAUUUUUAGUCCGAAUAUUAUUACCAAAUUUAUGAGGUGUAUAAUAUUUGUUCGGUUGUAUGUAAUAUAUCCUUAUAUAUAACGAGCUCAGUUGUAAGGCGACAUGCGAGCGAGCCGUUCAGUAGUCGAGACCACUUGAACGCUUCGUCCUAGUCAAAACAAACGACCUAGAUUAAAUUUACGAGGCUUAUGUUGUUUUGCUUGUGUAACGAAAUAGGCUUGUGCCGAGGGUUUGAAGGUCGACAUUUGUCUUAAGUAUAUAUACAGCGCAAGUCUUUUAGUUGGGCAUUAAUAUACUGAACGUAAUGCUUGGCAGUGUACUGGAUCAUGAUAUGAUAUGACAUAAAUUAUAUCGACAAAAUUGUUUAUAUGUACACGUUUAAAGGUUGGAACACACUCGCACGAUCAAGCUCAAAAUAUAAAUGUCUAGAGUAACGAUAUUUCGCUCUAUAAAGUUGACGCGUUGCUCGUUCGCGGUGUGUUCGCUCCUGUAAACUGUAAACAAUGCUAUUAACAUAAAUGCUAUUUUUGAAACAUGGUAAGAAUAUAGAAACUUAUAAUUGGUUGAAAUGAAUAUUAUUGCCAUAUACCCAUUGUUAUACAUAUAUUAUUUGUACUUAUAACUUUCGUGUGCAAUUGUUAAUUUAGUUUUUUUUUUUUAAUUUAGUCAACGAUAUGAAUUGAACGUCAACAGUAUUCAAAACUGUUAUUUGUAGUAGUGUUGACUUCCACAGUAUUUUUUUUAUUGAAAUUUGUAUACAAAUUUAUAAAGAAAUAAUUGUAGAAAAAAUAAAGUCUUUUGCAUAAUAUUGUAACUAGUGUUUAAAUUUUUUCUUGUUUGUAUGGCGCAAUCCAAUAAAUAAUGCCUCUGA